GCGGAAGAGCUUCGGCCUGACUUUGUUGAUUUGUCUAGAGCCGGUCGUUGUAUCAGAUUGAGAGUAAGAUGAUGGAUAGGAAGGUGUCAGAUAGCUCUGUACGUCCCUGUGCCCUGCUGGAUGCUGGGGAAUUAGAGACAAACAAGAUUAUGACUGUACCUUUUAACUUUGUAGCUGGAGCACAAGAAGUAUUUGUUUAAUGAAUGACGGACACAUUUAGGAUCUGUUUAAACGCUGAGAAUAAUUUUGUGAAUUGUGUUGACUUCAGUAUGCUGAGACGAAAACCAACACGCCUAGAGCUAAAGCUCGAUGACAUUGAUGAGUUUGAGAGCAUUCGAAAGGACCUGGAGACCCGGAAGAAACAGAAGGAAGAUGUGGAAGUCAUAGGAGGCAGUGAUGGAGAAGGAGCCAUUGGGCUCAGCAGUGAUCCCAAGAGCCGGGAACAAAUGAUCAAUGAUCGGAUUGGUUAUAAACCCCAACCCAAGCCCAAUAAUCGUUCAUCUCAAUUUGGAAGUCUUGAAUUUUAGAGAUGGAUUAUCUUGCAUGCCAGAGCCAUGGAAUUGAAUAAAAUGAUGGCAGAAGUACAAACCAGAUUUAGAGAAUUGAGUGCUUGCAGUCAAGCAGAAUGUCAGAGAUAAAUGCUUCUGCAUGAGAUUACUGGUGCUUAACUUGCACUCUAAGCUGGAAUCCAAACUCUGGUUUGUCUCUGGAAACUUUGAUCCUAUAAAACUGAUCUGAUUUUUUGCUUUUAAAAAUAAAUAUAUUUUUGGAAAAA